AUGGAUUUAAACGAAUGUGACUUACUUCCCUGUAAGAAUCAAGGAGAAUGUAUCAAUGCGCCUGGCGGGUAUGAGUGUGACUGUACCGGAACCGGAUAUAGCGGACUGAUCUGUGACACUGACAUUGACGAAUGUGCAACUGAUACUCUUUGCGAGCAUGAUAGUAUAUGUCAAAACUUGCCUGGGUCAUACAAGUGUUCCUGUGGUGACAAUGGUUAUGAAGGGGUACAUUGUGAAUUGGAUAUCGAUGAGUGCGCUGCCUCACAUUUACUGUGUCUGAACAAUGGCGUGUGUGUCAACACUGGUGGUUCCUACUAUUGUGACUGUUCUAUGACGUCAUUCGAAGGAAAACACUGUGAAACUGAUAUUGACAAAUGUGAAUCUCUUCAGCCAUGUAAACACAAUGGGUUAUGUCUCAAUGACAAAGGAUCCUACAAAUGUGACUGUACAGAUACUGGCUAUGAAGGAUUUCACUGCGAUAUUGAUAUUGACGAAUGCGUGACUGCAAAUCCAUGUCAAAAUGACGGUUCAUGUAUGAAUACGCUAGGAGGGUACGUGUGUUAUUGCAAGGACACUGGUUACCAAGGAAACCACUAUGAAACAGAUAUUGACGAAUGUGCAUCUUUUCAGCCAUGUAAACACAAUGGGUUAUGUCUCAAUGACAAAGGUUCCUACAAAUGCGACUGUACAGAUACAGGGUAUAAAGGAUUGCACUGCGAUAUUGAUAUUGACGAAUGCGUGACUGCAAAUCCGUGCCAAAAUGACGGUUCAUGUGUGAACACACAAGGAGGAUACAUAUGUUAUUGUGAUGACUCUGGUUACCAUGGGAACCACUGUGAAGCAGAUAUUGACGAAUGUUGGGGUAUUUCUCCGUGCCAUGGUAACAGUGUGUGUAUCAACACAGAUGGAUGGUAUAUCUGUGAUUGUUCUAACACAGGAUUUUCAGGGAUAACAUGCGAACAUGAUAUCGAUGAAUGUCUCUAUAAUACUCCAUGUCAUAAUAAUGGUAUAUGUAUAAAUAAACCAGGAUCGUACUCAUGUGACUGCUCACGUACGAACUUUGAGGGCGUCAACUGCGACAUGGAGAUUGAUUUGUGUAAGGCUGAACCAUGUCAGCACGGUGGUAAAUGUGUGCAAAUAUUCAGAGACUACACAUGCGAUUGCUCUGAUACUGGAUAUGUUGGACGUACUUGUCAAAAUGAUAUUGACGAAUGUGCGUAUACUUCACCAUGUCUAAACUAUGGUAUAUGUAUAAACACCCUGGGGUCAUACACAUGUGACUGUACAAACACUGGAUAUCAUGGUACAGGCUGUGUGAUUGAUAUCAAUGAAUGUCUCCAUACUCCGUGUCAUAACAAUGGUAUAUGUAUAAAUACACCAGGAUCGUACACAUGUGACUGUUCACAGACAGGAUAUGAAGGCGUUAGCUGUGAGAAUGAUAUAAAUGAAUGCAUGACAGUAUAUCCCUGUCACAACGAUGGUUCAUGUCUGAAUACUGUCGGCUCCUAUAUGUGUUACUGCUUGGAUGUUGGAUAUCGUGGGAGGCAUUGUGAAGAUGCAGUCAUCAAGAAAACAGGAGCAUCGUAUAGUACAGGUACGAAAGUAUUUAAAUCCGGAGUUUGGCAGGAGUUAAGGAAAUCGGAACACACAGAGGCUGUAUGCCUGGUGUCCACGCUAGAGUGUGAUACUGGCCUCCGGAGUGGUCCCCACUGCCAAGUACCACGUAUGCUCGGUAAACCGGUUAACAAGAAGUCACGGUUGCAGUCUUUGUCGAACUCUUUAACAUUCUGUUCCUUUGCUUGA